AAUAAAUUUUUAAAGAUUAGGUAGAAAGCGAAACUCUCUCUCCAGCUUCAGAGGCUUCAGCUAUGGCGGCCGAGAAUCCUUCAAACGGUGUAGACGUCGACACGAGCCACGAUUCCGAUUCAAACGAUAACCGCAAAGCCAGUGAUUUGACCAAUCAUGACUCUUCCAUGGCAUUGACAGUCCCUUCCACCGCCGUUUGUCUCGGCCGUUUCGCCGGAGAUGCAGCAGGCGGCGCCGUCAUGGGGUCUAUAUUCGGCUAUGGUUCUGGAUUGUUUAAGAAGAAAGGGUUUAAGGGAUCAUUUGCGGAUGCGGGUCAGUCUGCAAAGAAUUUUGCGAUUUUAUCUGGAGUGCACAGUUUGGUUGUUUGCCUUCUGAAGAAACUGCGAGGGAAAGAUGAUGCCAUUAACGUUGGAAUUGCUGGAUGCUGCACUGGCCUUGCUCUUAGUUACCCAGGUGCACCACAAGCAAUGCUACAAAGCUGUGUCACUUUUGGUGCCUUUUCUUUCAUCCUCGAAGGACUCAACAAGAGGCAAACAGCUUUGGCUCACUCUGUCUCCUCGAGACAUGAUCAAACCAGAAGUCUGAAAGAUGAUUUACCACUCUCCUUGGCUCUCCCAAUCCAUGAAGAGAUCAAAGGAGCUUUCUCAUCCUUCUGCAAAUCUUUAACAAAACCCAAGAAGCUCGCGUUCCCUAGCUCACGUUGAUCGAAGUUUUUUUUGUAGCCUACUACUUCCUUUUGUAGAUGUUAAAAGAACAGAUGAAAACAAGAAUCAUGUUUCAAAACAUUUUCAUUCUAUGUGCUCCACUCCAAUGUUUUAACAAUUGCCUUCUUCAA